AUGGCGCCUAUUCACAAACCCCUCGAUCGCUCCACCACCUUCGAAGCCAUGCUUUCUGUCAACCCUUCCGUAGGGCCUAUCGUUCUUCUCAAUAUCAUUUCGCUCCCCCCUGGGGCAGAUAAGGAGUCAUUCCUGAAAACUUGGAGCCGUACCGCCGAUGUUCUCAAGACAGCGCCUGGUCACAUCUCCACUCAGCUACACAACGCUAUUGGAGAUGGUAAUUUUAUCGUCAACUACGCCGUUUGGGAGAACAAUGAAGACUUGAGGAACGGCUUAGCUAUUCCUGAAUUCAGGAAGAUCUGCGAGGACUUCCCGGAGGGCACCGAGUUCCGCGCAUCCGUCCUGCAGAAAGCUGCCAUUCCUGGAGUUUGCGUGGGGCUGUGA